AUGUCUCAUGUUUUCACAGAUGCUGAAAGUUGCCAAAGUUCUCCGUGCAUCAACCAGGGAACGUGCACAAAUCUUAUCGCAGACUUUCACUUCGCUUGCGUACACGGAUUGUCGGGGAAAACAUAUGAGAAAGAUGUUCACCCACCUGUUGUUAACAAGUGCCCAUCUGAUAUUCGAGUGAACGCAACAGAAAAGACGCAUCUUGUUUCGUGGACCAAGCCUAUCUUUAGCGACCCCAAGGGAACAGAAUUGCUGCUGUUAUCCAACUAUGAGACUCCCAGCUACACAUUUCCUUGGGGCGACUUCACAAUCAAGUACUCUGCCACGAAGCUCAAGAACGGACUGCAAAACAUGUGUGUCUUCAACAUCUCAGUAAAACCAACACCGUGUGAUCCACUUCCAGUACCUAAACACGGGGCAAUUCUCUGUAACGAUUGGAGCACUGACUACGGUCAAGUUUGCUUGCUUGUCUGCAUGCGGACGUAUUCGCCAAGUCCCCCGGGAAAACUGGGCUCUUGGAAGAUCUGCGGGGACGAUGGAAGAUGGUCUCAAACGCCGUCUGACUGCGGACGUAAUUUAUAA